CGCUUCACCUCGACUCUUCAACGACCAGACUUGGCCUUCUGAUCUAUCGCUUAGCACACCUGAGAAACAACCCCAACGGCGUGAACAGCACUAACACCGCCUGUCUCUUCAACAAGCUGUUCUCUCCUGGUCCGGCAACCGCCAAUGCAAUUUGGCAGGGCAGAAAAUUCUGUCAUCCAUACAACACAGUAUUAGUGUACCUAAAUAGAGCCUGAAGCGCCUAUGAGAGACACGCGCGCCCCGUCUCUCUCGUUAAGAAUAGCAGUGUUCCUCGUCCGUUCUUGUCAGUGUCCAUCAAUGAUCGCCCAUCCUUCGGGCUUCACUCUCCUUCACACAACAAUCGAGUCCAAUCGAAUCGCCGUCUCCAUCACACUAAUGCCCAUCACUCCAGAGCAUGGCUCGCCGCCAGGAGAUCUGGGCGUCGUCUUUACGCCUCAUGUAAGCCGAGGACUGCCACACUGUGUGUCGUGAGGCGACCUGGGCAUUUAGGUCAACGCUGGUGAGGCACUGAAGAAAUCUCACUUUGUCCUUACACCAGGGCCUUGAAUCGCAAAACGGCCUGGUGUCUCAACGUCUUGCCGCCCGCCCCCAUUGGUUUCUCACACCCCAAAUCAAUUAGCAUCAUUGCAUGCCUGUGUGUCGUGUCUUGUCUGCUUCCUGACAGGCUCCAGAUAGAUGGCUGCCCAGGCGCGAAAGUUGCCAGCCAGUCGCUGCAUGAUGGAUCUGUGGCGUACUAGUUGGUGUUGUAAAAGCGCUUCCUUCCCCGCGACUCCCUUGCCUGUGUCAUGUUGAUGGACAAAAUUUUAGUAGAAAACCAUGAGGUGCUCCUAUUCAACUCCCUUUUGGCUAUACUUCUAAUCUCGGACUCGAAACAGCAUCACAGGGAGGGGGGGUGCAUCGGGUACUUAUCCUCUAUUGUGUUGCCCCCUCCUUCUGAUGGGCAUGCCUGGAUUCGUGGUCGGCAUGGGCCGGGCUGAAGCAGGAUAUCCAAGUCAGCAGUCUCGUACCGAAAUAUUUGUUACACACAGCCGACCCAAGACAGUUUCUUUUUGGAACCCUCACUACUGGCGGUGCCGAUAACAGCUUAGUGCGUCUCCAGCAAUGCACGCUGCUACCUAUUACGAGAAGCACGAGCUGUUGACUUAAGUACCUUCCUCCUCAGUGGGUUGAUAAACAUGGCUCGUCUUCUGCAAGUCGCAACGCUGUGACCCUAGUCCUAGGUGCAGUAUCCAGUAGAGUCAUGAACGAGGUCCUUGAGCGGCGGGAUGUGGGUAAGUGAGCCUGGGGUUAGCCAGUUUUCGGAAAUCUGGGAUUCAUGAUAGCGAGCAAGGGAUGGGGAAUCAAAACUGAUUGCACGUGAAAUAUAUGACAUCGGAUAAACCGAUAAGAUAAGUCUUUUUGGCCUCCGUGGACGGAUCAACCACCUCACCAGCCUCAGUAGGGCUGAGCAGCCAGACGAGGCUGAAGCCUGGGUCCUUGACUUGGAAGGCGCGCUGGAGCAACCUGGGGGGUCCAAGCUCUCAAUUAUUCCAGCGCAAGUCUGAGCAGCGGCGACUGAAAUUUGCCUGGGCUAGGACGCCUUCUGUCAACUUUCACAUAUCUUUUCUUCGAUCAUCUAGGAACCACGUCCCGACUUCGAUUUAAACAGACGUGGGGUUCUACGUCUGUUUUCGGGUUUAAGUCUGGCCGGUUGACGCUAGCCAGCACAACGCGCCCCCAAGAUCCCUAUCGGACACGACGUGACUUUCAACACGCGCUGCGACUUGCACUCCUGGCUACUUGAAGAUGAGCAACUCAAUGCGAGAUUUCGUCGAUGGCGAGGCUGAGAUCGACGAUGAGGAUGAGGAGUCCAUAGACGAAGACGUGGUUUCUUCGCGCAGAAGGAAUGCGGCUCCGGAGGAUUCUUCUGAAGAGGAAGAGGACGACGAAGACGAGGAGGAGGCGCGUAAAAUUCGCGAAGGAUUUAUUGUGGAUGAGGACGAAGAGGAGGAAGAAGGUGAGGACGAGGAUGCCCACGAACGAAAGCGAAAACGAGAGCACCGCGACAGAGAAGAGGAAGAGCAGCUAGAUGAGGACGACUUGGAGCUAAUCGGAGAACAAAUCGAACGCCGUGCACCCACACAGCCUAAGUUCAAGCGUCUCAAACGGGGCCAUCGCGACGAAGAUGACCGUGGCCCGGAGCGACGCGGCUUGGAGGACAUGUUUUCUGAUGACGACGAAGAAGCCAACGAGUCUCGACCCUACAACCGCUCCAACUACCGAUCACAAGCCGAUGAAUUCGACGACUUUAUUGAAGAAGACUACCCGGAAGACGAAGACGAACGCGCGCGCCAACUUGAAGAUGCCGAGGUUGCCCGACCUCGUGACAAGGGUGUGGGAGGUGUCGUCGAUACCGCUGGUCUUGACAAAGACGCUUUGGAGGAUAUGGAGGCCAUCUUCGGAAACGGAGAAGACUAUGACUGGGCUCUUCAGAUGGAGGACGAAGAAGAAGAUCGUGAGCGCGAGGAGCAGGUCAUUGAGCUCAAAGAUGUCUUCGAGCCGUCGCAACUCAAGGAGAAGCUCUUGACCGACGAGGACAACCAGAUCCGGUUUACGGACGAGCCUGAAAGGUUCCAGCUGGAUCGGAAGCCCUUUAAGCACUUGCAAAUCAGCGCUGAGCAAUUCAAGGAAGAGGCUCGGUGGAUUGCGGGCCUGAUGUGGCCCAAAAAGCUACUCCAAUCCGAGCUGCAUGGACCUUUCACUAAGGCCAUCGGCAAGGUUCUGGAGUUCUUCGUCGUCGAUGACGUGGAGGUCCCCUAUGUUUUCCAGCAUCGCAAGGACUAUCUGAUUCACGCGAAGAAGACGAAAAACCCAGACCACCGCGAUGAUCCCGACGCCCCUGAGUGGAUUGUUAGUGCAGACAAAUUGCUCACCCAGGACGAUCUGUGGCGCAUCCUGGAACUCGACAUCAAGUUCCGGUCGCUCAUCGAGAAGCGGAAUGCUCUGGAGAAGACGCUCGAGAACCUCAAGUCGACUUCGAGCUUCAAGGACGCCGUGCUCGAGGACAUGAUUCCUCAGGCUGCAACAAUGGAGGAACUGCAAGACCUUCAAGACUACCUUCAUUUCCAGUACGCCUCCGAGCUCAAGGACAUGUCCUCGAUCAACGGCAAUGGUAGUCAGAUGAAGCGCCCAGGCUCAAAAUCAAAUCUUUUCGACAGAGUCAGGCGGAGCAAGGCCUUCGGUUUCGUCCGCGCUUACGGUAUCACUCCGGAUCGGUUCGCCCAAAACACGCUUCGCGAAGGGAACAAGGUUUGGGCCGACGACGACAGCCAACUUCCCGACGAUCUUGCCGACUCUCUUACCGAUGAGGAGUUUCAAACUGGCGAUACAGUCAUGUACGCUGCUCGCCAAAUGUACGCAGAAGAACUCUUCGUCAACCCUCGUAUGCGCAAGCAUUUCAGGGUCAACUUUUACCAAAUGGGCGAGAUCAGUUGUCGUCGGACAGAGAAGGGCUUGAAGAAGAUUGAUGAAUCGCACCCGUUCUAUGAGGUCAAAUAUCUCAUCAAUCAAACCAUUGCCGAUGUCGCUCGCCAGCCGGAUCUAUAUCUCAAGAUGAUGAAGGCUGAAGAGGAGGGCCUCAUUGAGGUCAAGCUUACAUUGGAGAACGACGAUGGGUUCAAGCGCCAAUUGCGCCAGGAGUUCAUCUCAGACAACUACAGUGAGCUCGCUGAUCGCUGGAACGAGGAACGCCAAAAGGUCCUCGACCUUGUCGUCCCCCGCUUGUCCAAGAUCAUCGCCAAGGGUGUCAAGGAGUCGCUUCGCACUGCCUGCCAGGAGGAGGUCCUCAAAACCUGCCGUGAGGAAUACUCCAAGAGGCUCGACCAAGCACCGUACAAACCCAAGGGCAUGAUUCUGGGCACGGUGCCUCGCAUCAUCACUUUAUCCAACGGCAUGGCGGAUCCAGCUCGUGACCCCACAUGUUGGGCCUCGGUUGAGGAAGACGGCCGGGUCAUUGAGCAGGGCAAACUGGGCAAUCUGGCUCGUGACGAACGUGCUCGUGAAGAGUUUGUUGAGAUUGUCAAUAGACGCCGCCCUGAUGCCAUUGGUGUGAGCGGGUGGUCCGCCGAUACCCAGAAGCUCGUCAGAGACUUGGAGAGCUUGAUCAGCGAGAAGGGCCUGAUGGGGCCCGAGUUCGAUGACCCUGAGCUUGGCGAGUACCGCACCGAGCCGCUCGAAGUAAUUGUUGUGAAUGACGAAGUGGCUCGUCUAUACAAGGACAGUCCUCGAGCGGUCGCCGAGCACCCUACCCUCAGUUCCCUCACAAGAUACUGCAUUGCCUUGGCUCACUACAUGCAGAACCCGCUCAAGGAGUAUGCGGCCCUCGGAAAGGACGUCACUUCCCUGGCUUUCCAUCCCUGUCAAAACCUGCUGCCACAAGAGAAGUUGCUCAAGCACCUUGAGUCGGCAAUGGUCGACAUGGUCAAUCUCUGCGGUGUAAACAUUAACGAGGCCGUGGGCGACUCCUAUACGGCUAACCUGCUACCGUAUGUCGCGGGUCUCGGUCCCCGAAAAGCCACGAGUGUUAUCAAAGCCAUCAAUGCAAACGGCGGAGCCGUCAGCAGCAGAGACGAGCUUGUCGGCGACCCCGACAGCGGAAAGCUUCCGGUGGUGGGCCCCAGAGUGUGGAACAACUGCGCCAGCUUUCUGUUCAUCGACUACGACGCAACGAAUCCCACCUCGGACCCUCUCGACAACACUCGUGUUCAUCCCGAGGAUUACGAGCUGGGCCGCAAGAUGGCAGCUGACGCUUUGGAACUUGACGAGGAAGAUGUUAAGGCGGAGACUGAUCACAACGGUCCUGGGGCUAUUGUCCGCAAGCUGUUCAAGGAAGACGAACAGGAGAAAGUUAACGAACUCAUCCUGGAAGAAUACGCAGAGCAACUCGAGCGGAACUACAGCCAGAGGAAGCGCGCCACACUUGAAACCAUCCGCGCUGAGCUUCAGGCGCCGUACGAAGAGUUGCGCCGCAACUUUGCACCUCUUGGACCUCACGAUAUAUUCACCAUGUUCACCGGUGAGACGAAGGAUACUCUUGCUCAAGGCAUGAUCAUCCCUGUCAACGUACGCGUAGUUAAAGACGAUUUCGCUAUCGUCAAACUGGACUGCGGCAUAGAGGGCCGUAUCGAGUCACACGAUGGUCCCGACGGCGUACGAGUCAGGGGUCUUUUGACAAAUGGGCAGACGGUGCAGGCCAAGGUUCUCGAGAUAAAUUACAAAGACUUUCUUGCCAAGCUCUCUGCGAGAGAUGCCGAGGUCAAACGACCGUAUAAGCGCCCGCUGUACCAUGGCCAUGGGCAGUGGGACGAGAGGCUGGAGGCGGCGGACAGGGAGGAGCUCCGCGAAAAGGACAAGAGUACUGGCCGCACUCAGCGAGUCAUCAAGCACCCUCUGUUCAAGCCUUUCAACGGUUUAGAGGCAGAGCAAUGGCUCGGCACCCAGGCCGCUGGCGAGGUUAUUAUUCGUCCCUCCUCAAAGGGUAAUGAUCAUCUAGCUAUCACCUGGAAGGUCGCCGAUGGUGUCUUUCAGCACGUUGAUGUCCUUGAGCUCCAAAAGGAGACCGAGUUCUCCGUUGGCAAGCUGCUGAGGGUCGGCGGCAAAUUCACCUACAAGGAUUUGGACGAGUUGAUCCAUGAGCACAUAGAGGCUAUGUCAAGGAAGGUGGACGAGAUGAUGCAGCAUAAGAAGUUUGAGAAGCGGUCCAAGACGGAUCUCGAGAAAUGGCUCACCACGUACAUGGAGGCCAACCCUGACCGCUCCGACUACGCUUUCUGCAUCGACCCUAAGCACCCCGGCUACUUCUGGCUCUGCUUCAAGGCCAGUCGCUCAUCGCGUGUCAACUCGUGGCCCGUCCGUGUCAUUCCCGGCGGUUUUGAGCUGCUCAAGCAGGCUUACCCCGAUAUGAGAGCGCUAUGCAACGGCUUUAAGAUUCGGUACCAGACGGAAAUCACCAAGAUGCAGAAGGGCGGUAGAUAGGCUCCUGUUCAUGGCAUGCGGAAUUCCCAUGGGUCCGGAGAUCUUCCCGGAAUGAGAAAUUACGACAACGGCGGCUUGUCGCUCGGGAGCUACUACUGAGCUGGACAACAAAACAGUGCAGAGAUUUGGUUAUGAAGGAACGGAAGAAAAAACCAGUCAGGGCAGAAAAAAGGGCCGUUCUGUAGUGAGUGAGCGGAAAUGGAGUGUUUUAUUUAGCAAUUCCUUCGGUCUCCUAAAAUUUCAAUGGGAGCAGAAGGGGGAGUCGAGCAGCAUCAUUCGUUCAUGUAGAUUAGUAAAAUCGGCCCUCGAAGACCAAAAAGCCAUUAGACAAAAACCUGGACCCCCAUGACGGCAGCGACCAUCCAACUCAUUUUUGCCUCA